CUCGGGCACUCAAUGCCCGAUUGUUGGACCUGGAACAGGCAGUACCAGGACCAGCUGCUGGAGCUUCCAGCAGUGCACCSUCAAGCCGCCAACUGGAGGACCGCGUUGACCACGUAGUGGCAAUGCUCGCCGACAUCAGCACCUUCGCUGCGCCGACCACCACCAUCAGCAGUCAGCUGCAUACAUUAAAGACCGAGGUCCAGAAGCUGCAGUCGACGAACGCGGACGAGAAUCCGAAGAUGUACAAGAUGCCAACUUUCAACCUGGAGAGGUUCGACGAUUACACGCAACAGGAUCCCGUCCUCUGGUGGGAAGCAUUCACAACACAACUCAGGAUUCUGCCAGUAGCCAAGCAUUCGUACAUCGGCGCCCUGUUCCUGAACUUUAAGGGCGGAUGCCAGACCUGGUUGAGCCACCUGGCAACCUCCCACGACGUCGACGUACCAGACUUAAAGGACGUAAUCACAUGGGAGGAACUAACACGACUGUGGAAGAAGCGGUUCAUCGUCGACGACGCGCCGACACUCGCCAUCAACCGUUUGUUCACCAUGUCACAGGGCAACACAGCAACACGGGAAUGGCUCACGGAGUGGCAGAAGAUUGCGGUUGUGCCCAAUUUGAACCUACCAUUCGAGCAUCUAUGCCGUGAGUUCUACAACAGGUCCUAUGCGGCAUUGAGCCAGACUCUUGGUGAUCACGAGCAGUACUCAACCUUCGCGGAGAUCAUUGACAAAGCGAGGGAGAUCAUCAAGACCAACAGAUUCGGCCGCCUUGCUAGCGGCCUCCUGCACAUCUGGGGAGGAUGCGAAUGUCGCAAGUCCUCGGUAUACUUACGAGGAUUAUGCUGUCCACUUGGUUCCACCGCUGGACCAACCGCUCCACGUGCAACAGUCCACCGCAUGCAACCGAUUCGGCAGCUUCGCCGCAAUCUAUCGUCGGGGAUUCAGUGGCUGUCCGUUCCCUCGACCGGACGAUUGCCGAAACCGCAUUGCAACGUGCUUAUGGCACAAUUGUGGGACUACUCGCACACUGCAGUACCAGCUCCGUUGAUGGACGCCGGAGCAGAGGUUGUCGACCUUCACGUUUACAUUGCGAAAAUCGACCGCGAGUUCAAGACGCAACGGUACGACAACAUCGACGCACCAUUGUUAUACAUACGCAUUCAGAUUGGAGAGGCGACCUGCAGUGCCUUAAUCGAUUGCGGAGCAUCUCGCAACUACAUCAGCCAGGACUUCAUGGUACGCGUCAGCCUUGGCCCACGUGUCCGGAGGAAGUCCCAGCCUAUGCAAGUCACUCUGGCAGACGGUCAUACGCACAAGUCCGUCGACCGGUGCAUUGACGCCGUCCCAGGGUACUUUGCCCCUCACGCAAGUGAGGCGGUGUCCUUUGACAUUUUGGACACGAAAUUCGACAUGAUCUUGGGCAUGUCGUGGCUGCGAAGCAAGGAUCACCCGGUGAACUUCUUCAACCGCAUCGUUCACGUUCGUGACCGGAACGGAGUACUAGUUCCAUGCACGGUGCCUCUUCCUCAUCCUUCGAUUAGCUGCCACGUGGUAUCCGCCGCAAGCAUGCGAGCUUCCAUCAUUAGAGACGACAUCGAGGAGAUGGGGGUGUGUUUUCUCCACGCCCUCCCGCCCCAUGACGCUUCAUCGACGGACUCACCUUCGGAUCCGCGCAUCACCGAACUUCUCGACGCCUACAGCRACGUGUUCGAAGGCCCGCACGGAGUARUACYGGAUCGACCCAUCCGCCACGAKAUCAUCUUCGAGGACGGGGCCGUACCUCCGCACGGUUGCAUCUACCGAAUGAGCGAGGAAGAGUUAAGUGUGCUUCGGGCACAACUCGACGACCUUCUAGAGAAAGGCUGGAUUCGGCCUAGCUCAUCGCCAUACGGUGCUCCUGUUCUCUUCGUCCGGAAAAAGAACAAGGACCUGCGGUUGUGCAUCGAUUAUCGCAAGCUCAACGCGCAGACGAUGAGGAACGCCGACCCUCUCCCACGCAUCGACGACCUUCUCGAGCGAUUGGGCGGCGCCCAGUUCUUCUCUAAGUUGGAUCUCAAGUCAGGGUACCACCAACUCGAGAUUCGCAAGGAGGAUCGCUACAAGACCGCGUUCAAGACACGGUAUGGGCAUUUCGAAUGGCUGGUCAUGCCAUUUGGCCUUACGAAUGCCCCAACCACUUUCCAAGCGUCUAUGACGACGGAGUUCCGACACAUGCUGGAUCGUUUCGUACUUAUCUACCUCGCUGACAUUCUGGCUUACAGCCGGAGUCUGGACGAGCAUGUGGAACACCUGCGCACCAUUUUGGAGCGGCUACGACAAGCCAAGUACAAAGCAAACCGCGACAAGUGCGAGUUCGCACAGCAGGAUCUGGAGUACUUGGGACACUAUGUGACGCCGCAAGGCAUCCGUCCGCUUGCGGACAAGAUCGAGGCCCUACGAGUAUGGCCCGAGCCCACCAACAUCACGGACGUUCGUUCAUUCAUGGGGUUGGCGGGCUACUAUUAGCGAUUCAUCACCGGAUACUCCAGGAUUGCUGCACCUAUG